UUUAUAAUUAUUUUAAUUUAAAAUCCGGAAAAAAAAUGGUAGAAGAAAAUUAUCACGUUGAGCUGAUUCGAUAGACAUACGUGGCGGAUAUCUAGAGAGAGGAGAAAAACAUAGUUUCGUCGUUCGUCAAUGGAGAUCUCUGCUGCGUCUGCUUCUCUAACUUCCUCUGGACUCGUUCCUCGUCUUCUUCCUCCCUUGUUCCAUCCUCAAGCUCGAAGUGCACCGUUGCUGUCUUCUUCUUCUUCUUCUUCUUCUGUGAAACUCAUUUCUUCUCACAGACGUAUAGCUCCGUCUCCGUGUCUCGCCGACCAGUCUGCUUCCACCGGGGUCAAUGUUGUUGAUUCGGAUCCCAUUGAUGCUGUUAAGAGGAAAGCUAUGGACAUAUCCCCUCAACUCAAAGGAGCUUCAAUAUUUCUGGUUGGGGUUACUAACCACAUUAAAACCAACUUGGGCAAGCUUUUGGCUGAGUCAUUACGAUAUUACUAUUUUGAUAGUGAUAAUUUGAUCGCAGAGGCGGCUGGUGGAAAUGCGUCCGUUCAAUCUUUAAAGGAAGCCGAUGAGAAAUCUUUUAUGGAAUCAGAGACUGAAGUGCUGAAGCAGCUAUCAUCUAUGGGUCGGCUUGUAGUUUGCGCUGGAGAUGGUGCAGUCCAGAGCUUGACAAAUCUUGCGCUUCUAAGACACGGGAUCUCCAUAUGGAUCGAUGUUCCUCUGGAAAUCGCAGCUAAAGGAGAUGCUCCCUUCAGCUCAAAACCGUCCCCUGAGUUGUUUGGCGCAUUGAAAGCGAGUUACGAAAAAUCAAGAAAGGGUUACGAUACAGCAGAUGCAGUUAUUUCCCUUGAAAGAAUAGCUACAAAGCUGGGAUGUGAAGACUUGGAAACAGUAACUUCUGAAGAGCUUGCUUUGGAGGUCCUGAAAGAAAUAGAGAAGUUGACGAGAGUGAAGAAAAUGAUGGAAGAAGCUUCUCGGCCUUUCUAGGUUCAUAUUUACUAUCCAUGCAUCGCAAAAUCUGUGAAAUUUUUUUCGGGUUUCUAUCAUGUUGUAAAUGAUGGACAUAUAUUAGGCAUUUUUUGCGUAAAAUGUUGUUAGUGUUUCGGCGUUUA